AUGUUGCUACUGCUGCUAUUUGUGCCAUCGACAAUUGCGCAGUGGGACUGGAAUCCAUUCGCAGAACUUCAGCAACCAGUAGCUUUACAACCUUUUCGACGACCCGCGGCCGCUGCUGCAGGCAAACCACAGCACCAGGCGCUCAGCAAAUCUCAAGCCAUAUAUGGUGUUCCUGGCAGGAGAAACGCAAAUCAAAAACUGCGAACAUGCUGCAGAGGGCUGAAGGAUGCCGAUAUCGAAUGCCGGCGGCGCUUCUGCGACUUCAACGCUUUAAAACCUGAAAUGGUGAUUGGUUUCAUGGCUCAAUGUGCUCCUCGAGGGCCCACUGUUGGAAAGAUGUGGGACUGCGCAUCAUCUCGAGCUGACCACACCCCAUGUUGUCGUAGACAAGGAGUGAUCGACCAAUGUCUCGUUUACUGCGAGACUACAAAUGGAGUGCCGACGGAUUACUUGAAAUACAUAGUGUGCCUCAGCCAGUUCGACAAAAUCCGUUUUUGCUUCAAAGAAUAUCUUCAACACAACCCCAAUAUCAAUGGAGAAUUUUGA